UGGCGACUUUGCCAUCGCUAUGAGAUAUGUCGAGGUUGCAGCUCUAUGCCUAUUCCUUUCCUAUUGCGAUCGAAGGAUCAAUCCGUUCUCUUUGCUCGGUUGUGGGCUCCAAUGGGAAUCGCCUUCUUCGCUGCCUCUUGCGGAAAUGUGCCCCCCCUCAUACCUCAGCCUUCCUCAGUGAAAGGACCUUUCUUUUGCCAGACUGUUGCUUGGGGACGGUGUCUGAUGAUAUUUUGAACCGUGAUCAGAUGAUCACAUUGAAUUUUCUUUGCAUUCUGAAUCUUACAGGAGGUGAUCUGGUAUCUUGGGCAGCUGGGCUCAUCAAGGCCCAGUUGCGGUGCUGCGGGACGCCCGCAUCGAACCGCCUACGGGGGCGUAGUUGCGGAGCUGGCCACAUGGUGGCGGAUUGUGGGAUCCGCGAAUGAUGCGAGAUUGAAAGUUGGUGGCUGGUAGGGAGGGGCCAGGAUGAAGUUGGGAAGUGUUGGACCUGUCCUGUGGUCAAGACAGGGUCAGUCUAAGAGGGUUCAUGGUCUUGACGGGCCGAAGAUGGCGCACGAUUGCUGUCCACCUCCUGCCGGCGUAGGUUUUCUGUUUCUGGCCAUAUCCUGUAUUCAGGCAAUGCCGAUGCCGUAGCAGGAAGUAAGAGCGCAGGCCACGGAUCAAGCGGGAGAAAGGCGCAGGAAAAGAGGCAGGGGGUUGAAGCAGCGGCACCGGGCUUCAGUUGAGGCUUAACUUCCGUCUAGAGCAGGUUUUCUGCGGCGAGGAGGAGGGGCCCACGGUCUGAUCAGGGCGAAAUUGAGCAGAAAAGCGUGGCUUGAAUCAAGUGACGCCUUGACCUCUGGCGUCGAGGCUCAUCGAUAGAAACAAUAUUGCAGACGCUGUUUGGGUCGCUGUCAAGCAAAAGAACGGGAGGGGGUCUGGUUUGACAAGGUACAAAGGGUCCUUCUUCCCCAACUCAAUGCGAGGCAAAGACAGAUGAUUUCAACCCGAGAUUGGUCUCUCCUACGCAUCUGGCAAGAUGCAUGCCUGGUUUCCCGGAACUUGGGCACAGAUCUUGAAUUCGAGUCUUUGGAGUUGGUGACAGACCACAGCUUCUGAGGCGCAUCCAUGGGCACCUCUGCACUACAGCUGCGAACUUGUGCAGACACCCCGCUGGUGGGACCUUCUACAUUCAAGGAGUAGUGACUACACGCUCUGCCAAUAAAUUAUCAUCAAUUGUCUAUGAUUUCUGGUGAGGAUUUUCCACGUUACUAGAUAGCGUUUCGUUCGAGGCAGAUGGGAAGCAGCCAGAUGAAGCCCCAAUGAUUGUCAGAGCAUCGGAGUUCUGAUUCAGCAUGAAAUAAAUGAAAC